AUGGAAGUAGGUAGUUCAAAUUUAAGUGCAAAAUUAAUUGCACAAUUAGCAACUUAUCGUGAAAAAAACCAUUAUAUGAUGAUGAAUUUAUAUCUGAAUAUUAUUCAAUUAAAAGUUGAUGAAAUUGUAGAUAAUAAUAAAAAAGAAUUUUAUGAAAUAGAUGAAGAAGAUAUUAUUAAUAUAGAAAAUAAUGAGCAAUAUGAACUUAAUAAUAAUGAAAUAUAUAUUGAAAAAAUUUUUAAUCUAUAUGAUAAAGAAUUAGCUGAAUUAUUAAAAACUCAAGAAAAAUGGAAAGGAGUUAUAUUCUUUGAAAGUGAAAAAUGGGAUGCCAGUGAAGAUAAGAUUUAUCAUGAUUAUAAUAAUGUAAAUAUUACAGGUAAGUGUAUAGAGAUUCACGGAUUAAAAAAGGAAAAAGGUGUAAAAUACCAUCUACCUGUUGUUAAAUCGAAAAUACCCUUGGGUAAAGAAACGGUUGAUGAAGUGGAAGAGUUUGUUCAUAGUCUAUUGGUUUUACAGAAUGGGCUUAUCGUAAAUUUACAGGCUAUUGUAAAUAGUUUUCAGAAAAGACCGAGAAAGUAA